CCGGCGGCGACCGUGCCAUGCAGGGCUCCCCCCCCCCGGCGGCGGCGGGGCGGGAGGGCAGCGGCGGCCCAUGCGGCUGGGGUGGCCGGGCGGCGGCUGACACCAUGUGCGCCCGGUGCCCGGGGCGAGGAGCGGGCAGCAGCCAUGUCCCCCCCCGCAGCCCCGCCGGGGGUGCCGGGCGGGCGCGGCUCUAAGGGGCCCCCGGCGCGAAAGCUGCUCUGCAUGUGCAGCCUCUCCCUCUGCCUCACCUACCUGUGCUACAGCCUCAUGGGGGGCACCGGCCCCGCCGCGCUGCGCUCCCCCGCCGUGCUGCCCGGCACGGCGGCCCCGCGCUCCCCCGGGGCCCUCCUCGGCACGGCGGCCCCGCGCCCCACCGCUAGCGCCAGCCUCAGCCCCAGCUCCAGCCCCUCCGCCCCGGUGCCCUCCGCUGUACCGACUCGGGCCUCCAACGGCAGCCGGGAAGCGGCGACGGGCGCCUGGCCGCGGUCGCCGCUGGCCCCCGGGGAGGUGAUCACGGCGCAGAGCGGAGCCUUCGAGAGGGACCCGCAGGAGUCGAGCACCACGGACGAGGAGCUGAGCCGGGCCGGCAGCCCCGGCAGCCGCGGUGGCGGUGGCAGCACGACGCCGGACUACGGGGAGAAGCGGCUGCCGCAAGCCCUCAUCAUCGGGGUGAAGAAGGGGGGGACGCGGGCGCUGCUAGAGGCCAUCCGGGCGCACCCCGACGUGCGUGCCGUGGGCACCGAGCCCCACUUCUUCGACAGGAACUACGAGAAGGGGCUGGAAUGGUACAGGAAUGUGAUGCCCAAGACUCUGGAGGGGCAGAUCACCAUGGAGAAGACCCCCAGCUACUUUGUGACCAACGAGGCCCCCAAGCGCAUUCACUCCAUGGCCAAGGACACGAAGCUGAUCGUGGUGGUGAGGAACCCUGUCACCAGAGCCAUCUCCGACUACACGCAGACGCUCUCCAAGAAGCCAGAGAUCCCCACCUUUGAGGUGCUGGCCUUCAAGAACCGGACCCUGGGGCUGAUCGACGCCUCCUGGAGCGCAAUCCGCAUCGGGAUCUAUGCCCUGCACUUGGAGAACUGGCUCCAGUACUUCCCCCUCUCCCAGAUCCUUUUUGUCAGUGGCGAGAGGCUCAUCACUGACCCGGCUGGGGAGAUGGCCAAAGUUCAGGACUUCUUAGGCCUCAAGAGGAUUGUGACAGAGAAACAUUUCUAUUUUAAUAAAACCAAGGGGUUCCCCUGCCUCAAGAAGCCAGAGGACAGCAGCACUCCCCGCUGCUUGGGCAAGUCCAAGGGUCGAACUCACCCCAAAAUUGACCCAGACGUCAUCCACAGACUGCGGAAGUUUUACAAACCCUUCAAUGUCAUGUUCUACCAAAUGACAGGCCAGGAUUUCCAGUGGGAGCAGGAAGAAAGUGAGAAGUAGAACCACUUAAAAAGGGGGGAAAAAAGCACUUUUCUUUUGAGAUGAGAAUCAUCCUUAGAGACCCAAAAUUCACUCGGGGCUGAGGCUCAGCCUUGCAAGCGCAAGACUCUUGUGCUGUCAGGGUUGCAGCCCAAGCUGCUCCAAGAUUCCAGCUCUGGAACCUUAGUGGCAUGUCACCUCAGGUUGCACAUGGGCUGAGGAGUGUGGGGGGGUGGCUGGGAGGAUAAGGAAGCGUUUGUGUCAACAUUUUGCUGCUGGUGUCCUGCUCACAGCCAGGCAGGGAGGACCAGCACCUCCUGCCACAUCCAGCUGGGCAGGAGUGUGACUGACAAAACCCAGCAGCCCUGGGACAAACCCAUAGGUUUGAGUUCUCCUGCCCUGGCUUUUAGUUUUACCCUAACAGCAGCAUCAGAUCUGGUGAAUUCAGGACACAUGCAUUGACAUGCACACUGGUAUUUGUGUGUGGAAGGAAUCAAGCCAGUUAUGCUGCAGAGGAACUAUUACAGGAACUUCAUUUGCACCAGACAUUUCAAUUACUUCUUGCACUAGAACUCCUAUUUACCAAGUGCCACAAAACACCAGGGCCUGAUCCUCCUCCAGCUGAUGGGUGCAUCCCCACCACUGGCAGAGAGUUGUUCCUGCUUUGCUGGGAUGCUCAGUGAGAUCAGAACUGGGGGCUCCCCUAGAUGCCCCUGCUCCUGGGACCAUCCCCAGGCACCUGCUUGAAGCACACCAGGGCCUCGCUGCAUGGUCAUGCUGCCGAGAUGCAGUGCAGAGCCCACACAGCACCUCCCAGCCAGACUGUGGCAUGCCCUGCUCCGUGGUUUGGAGCCAGGCAUUCCUGAUCGUCACUGGGUGGCCCAUCACAGGGCAGAGGUGUGGGGACAGCCCCAGUGUAGGGUCUGGGCAGGACUGAUCCCUGGAGUCCCUGGCACUGCCCUUCAUUUGCACCUUGAAAACAAGAUCUCUGCUGCCUGCUGCUGCCAGUCAGGUUGGCAAAACGGGGGAGCAGCUUCACCUCUACUUCAGAAUUCCAACUCAGCAAUUAAUUCUGAGGGUGAGCAUGGCUCUGCACAAGUACAUGUGCUUUCUAGGGGAAAUGACCAUGGCAACCACUUUUGCAAGUCCUGGUAGAACCUGUGGAAUAAACACAUCUCCCAACUGGCUCAUCCAGCAAGGUGCUGGGAGCUGUGCACUGGAAGCAGUGGAGAGCAGACCAGCAGUGCUUUGACGCAGCUGUGCUGUUUUCAUCCCCAUCACACAAAGAGAACCAGCAAGACAGGGGGAAUAAAAGAAAACACGGAGCUGCUGCUGCUGCUGCUGCAAUGUUCCCUUUGCUUGGGUGACUUCUGAUGGCACUCAAACGUCACCGGCCACCUGCUUCGGUUUAAUGCAUGGUGAGGAUGGCUCCAGGGGAGUGCAGUUGUGUCCCUCGUCCCCUUUUGGGUGGCAGGUCCCUGGCUGUUGGAAGGCAGUAGAGGUGUGUGGUGUGAGAUUGCUGUGGGAGACUCAGUUUUGAUUAAGGUGGCAAGAAAUCCCUGCUGAUCCAGCCAAGCCAGUGACACGUCUGGGUAACAAGCUGAGCCUGCUCUGGCUUUCCUGGCCUGUCCCCUGGUUCAGUAUUCCCUGAAGUGGUGCUGGAGCCUUGGAUUGGGUGAAGAAGAACUGAAGCUGCCUGGGAAACAUUCACUGUGGGCCACGCUGGAGGGACACUGCAAGGUCCCUGCUCACGCCAUGUUAGUUCCUGUUAGGCUGAUGAGAUGAAAAAACCAGCUCCUGGUGUAACACAGCUGUCACAGGCUCGCAGGCCCCCACGUUACUGCAUGAAAAUUGGAAGUAUGUAAUAGGAAUUGUUUCACAGUGUCUCACUGAAACAUCAGCUCAGCUCCUAGGUGACAGCAGCUGUCCCACAGUUUGGUGCAAGCUGCUUGAAGGAGUCAGUCAGAGGACAAGGGGCUGGUCCAGGCCCCUCACCACAGGGACUUUCAGAUGGUUUUGCCUGUUCCAGGGUGCUGUAGCUGUGACACCACUGGCACUGCUGGCUGUGAGUGGAGCCUGCUGGGGAAGAUGGAGAGACCAGUGGCCCUCAGUGGCUCUGCUGGAGGGGCUCAGCUCUGGAGGAAUGUUGUCCUGGCUCAUGGCAUGGCCAGAACCUGGCAGGUUGGCACUGCGUGCAACCACAUCUGUUGCAGCUAUUAGUGUGGUACUGGGCAUCAUCUCAGCAGCCAAAGCUUGGACAGCCAAACUUCAUCCACAGCUUAACCAGUAGCAGCUUUUCUCUGAUAUGGGUCUCAUAACACUUGAAAGAGGCCCUGAGACCUCCCCCCUACCCAGCAGGUAUCCCUGCAAACCCAGCCUUGGUCUGGUCUGAGCCCUGCCCCAUCACAUCUCCCUGGGCAGCUCAGGCCAGCUUCCCUGGGAAGCACCUCUGGUCCUUGACUGCCAUCAAACCACUGUCACUGGUGGUGGUUUGAUGGCAGUCAAACCCCGUGCCUCUUGCUGGAGGGAUAGGAGAUCCAAACCCAUGUGUUUGAGACUGCAGUUCAGUGAAGCACCCCAGUGGGGAAGCCGUGGUGUGUGCUGGGCCAGGCAGGGGCAGCCAUCCUGCAGUGGCACCAGCUGCAGUCGUGCCUGGGGCUCAAUCCUGCAGCUGGAGUGAGGAUGUGGAAGAGAGAUCCAGAGAGGGGUUCCCACUGCAGGGCCCCAGCUCAGCAGGAGCCAUCCCAUAGCUGCUGGUGCUGGCCCUGCCCACGCCUCACCCCCUCACCUCUGCUCCCACUCCCUCUCUUUCUGCCCUAUCUCCAGAGGUUUAUUUUUGACACUGGUGCCAUCUCCAGCUUGGGAAGAGCCACUGAGCACCUGGGUAGGAAAGGAAGUCCAGCAUGGUGGAAGAAGACCCCUCUGGGUGCCACCAACAUGCCACCAGCCCCUUGGCAGCGCUGGCAGGGAGUGGGAUGUGCCAGCCAGCAUGGGCUGGGGGCACAGAGUGCUCCACGGGGGUUAUCCCAUUCUGUUUUCCUGCGCUGUGUGCCCUGCCCCUGCCGCACUCAAAGCGGGGGCUGGCAGGGGGGAGGAGGGAGAUCUUUCCUGGCUGGCCAGCCAGUGGCCUGCCAGAUGAGAGACAGUCAGGUUAAGAACACCUUUUUUUUUUUUUUUUUUUUUUUUUUU